UUUUUUUUUUUUUUUAGUAAAAGUAAUCCUCAAAAUGAGAAUUUACAUUUUCUAUUAAGAGAAAUUUGAGGAUGAACAACAUCAUUACAUCAACUAAUUACAGUGCAACCAAAAUCUGACAAAUUAUAGAUUCUGAUUACACAACCAAUCUCAAGAAAUCCUUCUUCUUUUUCUCUCGCACAUUGGGAGAGGGAAAGAGGAGAGAGAAACAGCGUUUUUCUUGAUCUUGACAUAUCAAAAAUCUUUGUUUUGCGAGCUUUGGUCCUCUAAACUGGGUUGUCGUUUUUCUGGGUAUCUUUCCGGUGAAGCUUUCGUUCAUUUAUGAUCUGAAUCUUUCAAUCUCAAUUGUAAGGAUAGCCUGUAAAAAUAUUGCACACAAGGUGUUCGACGAAAUGCCUGAACGAUGGUCUCACUCAUUGCAGCAGCUUCUUCUGGAAAUUUAACGCUUUUUUCUCAUCAACCCAUUUCGUAUUUAAACUCACCCAAUUGUUUUCCUGUUGUUUUUGUGAUCAGUCCAUUGAAACGAGAACACCCAUUUCGUUCCAUGACCAAACAAUUUAAGCAGAAGAAGCUGCUGAAUCAGUUCUUCUUUGAGUUUUCUGGGUUUUGUGGGGUUGUAAGAAAGUGCAAGAAUUGGGAAGUUGAAGGUGACCCAGCUUUAGAGCUUGAAGUAUUGGAUUUCAUGAAAAAUUCCAAGAAACCCCAGAAGUUUCCUAGCAAAAAGGAGUUGAUUGAUGCAGGGAGGAUGGAUUUGCUUGAUGCAAUAAUGGAGAGAGGUGGGUGGAUGACAGUAGGUUGGGAGGAUGAAGGUGAAAAUUGGAUUAAUGAAAAUGGGUUAGCUAGUAAAAUGGAGGUAGUCUUGGAAAAGAAGGGUAAAAUUGGUUCUGUUAAUGAGGAAAGAAGUGGGUCAGAUGCUAAUGGAGAAAGGCCUUUUGCAGGGACUUCCUUUAUGGGCGAUUUUUCGCCGGCGCCUUCGUCUUCUGGUCGAUCACGAGAACUGGCCACAGAAGAUGAGAGCGGGAUUGAGGGUAUAUUGAAUCGAUUGGAGAGGCAGAGAAACCUGAGUUUUGGUUUCAAGUUGGGGAAGAAUGGUACUGAGGUAGAUAAUGUCAAUGGAGGUACUGGUGACCAUAAACAAACUAAGGGAACAAGGAAGGAUGUGGACAGUAGCCAUCCUCAAAGAAGUGAACCUGCAUCACUGAGCCAAGAUAGACGUCUGAUCAGUGGCAAUGGGUUGAAUAGAUCGUAUUCCAAUAGAUUAAGUAUGAAGGCAGAUGCAUGGAGAUCAUGGAGUAUUCAGAGGGCUGGCUUUUCAGACACAGAAUUUGAAGCUGGUGAAAUUGACUUCGGCAAAACUUCUAAACGAGGUACAGUGGAUAAGUUCAUGGGUGGAAUAGGUGCAGUGACUAAUGAUAUUAGGGGAGCUCAAGACGAGACUAAAAAUUUAGAUUCUAACUAUAGAGAAAUUACACAAGGUGAUACGAAAACUCGUCUUCAGCAUCUCGAAGGAGAACUAUCAUCAGUACUUCAGUCAUUAAGGUCAAACACCAUCGACACUUCUGGAAAGGCAAGGGAGGAUCUAUCCAAAGACUUGAGGCAACUUUCUGAUGUUUCAGAGUUCCAGGAAAAUGAAAUGAUGAAUGCGCAGGACAAGUUGAGGACUCUACGUGCGAAGCUAGCAGUAUUAGAAGGGAAGAUGUCACUAGCAAUAAUAGAUGCUCAGAAUAUAUUAGACAAGAAGCAAAAAAGGAUUAAUGAUGCUCGCAGAGCUCUCCAACUUCUUCGUACUACCUGCAUAGUUUGGCCUAAUUCUGGAUCAGAGGUGCUACUGGCUGGCUCCUUUGAUGGAUGGGCUACUCAGAGGAAGAUGACAAGGUCAAGUACUGGCAUUUUUUCUUUGUGCUUGAAGCUAUAUCCUGGCAAAUACGAGAUAAAGUUCAUUGUUGAUGGUGUCUGGCAAGUUGACCCCCUUCGUCCGAUAGUAAACAACAAUGGGUUUGAGAACAAUCUUCUUACGAUAGCUUGAAGUUACGGAUUGAAAGAGCUAGGAUAGCUACUUGUCUGAGGAUCAGUGAUUUCUAUUGACGAAAAGCUCCGAUGUUGAUGCUGGUAUAUCUAUAGCUGAUGCAUACACUAACAAGACUUUUGCGGCCAUCCUGUAGGAAUUAGCCUCCAUGCUUGUACAUUUUACCAUUCACGUCAUCUCUUCCUUUAGGAGAUAACUUCCAUGCUUGUACAUGUUACCAUUCAUGGCAUUUCUUCCUUGGGACAAGUUAUACCACAAUUUUCCCAUCUUGCCAUUCAAUAUUCCACCUUAUCCCAUAAUAUUCAUUAUGAUACUCCGUAUUAUUUACUUCCUGCAGAUAUAAUUCAAUAUAUACAUUUAUUACA